AUGUUGAGCAUGGAGCUGAAGGGGGCGCCGGUUCUUCACAUCUCGGCGGAUGGGCAAACCACCACCGAGACCACCUUGAGGUGGGGAACGCAAGAAGAUGCCAUCACAUUGGAGGGCACGCUGGAGUGUGUUGCCCCCAACGUCCUCCGCGAGACGCCGAAGUCCACGAAGUCCAAGGCUUUGAACCUGAAGUGGCCCGCCAUGCAGCAGCAGCGCCACAUGAAGGUGACGUUCUAUGACGGCAAGGUGCUGAUCCUUAGGGACCGCCGUGGCAUUGUGGACGUGCUGUGGCGCCAGGAUACCAACGAGCCGGUGGUGUAUGGCAGUGAAGGUGGCAGUGCAAAGAUCUCGCCGGAGGUCGGGGAGGUUUCGCGAGCUCGUCUCCGUAUCAGACCCCACUUUGUCGGCUUCGGCGUGAACAAAAGGACUGGCUUGAGCCAGUGGUCUACGGAGCGGCAGGCGCUCGGCGCACCGAAGGUGACCAUCCCCGACUCAGUCACUCAGAUCGGAGAAAGUGCCUUCAACGGCUGCAGCUUAUUGACAAGUGUGACAAUUCCCGACUCUGUGACUGAGAUUGGGCAGUUUGCCUUUCAAGGUUGCAGCUCAUUGGCAAGGGUGACCAUUCCCGACUCUGUGACUAUGAUUGGGAGAGGUGCCUUCACAGGCUGCAGCGCAUUGGCAAGCGUCACCAUCCCCAACUCCGUCGCUGUGAUAAGAGACUUUGCCUUCAAUGCUUGCAGCUCAUUGGCAACCGUGACCAUCCCCGACUCAGUCACUCAGAUCGGAGAAAGUGCCUUUCAAGGUUGCAGCUCAUUGGCAAGGGUGACCAUUCCCGACUCUGUGACUAUGAUUGGGAGAGGUGCCUUCACAGGCUGCAGCUCAUUGGCAAGCGUCACCAUCCCCAACUCCGUCGCUGUGAUAAGAGACUUUGCCUUCAAUGCUUGCAGCUCAUUGGCAACCGUGACCAUCCCCGACUCUGUGACUGUGAUUGGGGAAGGUGCCUUUACAGGCUGCAGCUCAUUGGCAAGUGUGACCAUUCCCGACUCUGUGACUGAGAUUGGGCAGUUUGCCUUUCAAGGUUGCAGCUCAUUGGCAAGGGUGACCAUUCCCGACUCUGUGACUAUGAUUGGGAGAGGUGCCUUCACAGGCUGCAGCUCAUUGGCAAGCGUCACCAUCCCCAACUCCGUCGCUGUGAUAAGAGACUUUGCCUUCAAUGCUUGCAGCUCAUUGGCAACCGUGACCAUCCCCGACUCUGUGACUGUGAUUGGGGAAGGUGCCUUUACAGGCUGCAGCUCAUUGGCAAGUGUGACCAUUCCCGACUCUGUGACUGAGAUUGGGGAGUUUGCCUUUCAAGGUUGCAGCUUAUUGGCAAACAGCAGAAGGCGCAAGGCCACACCUUCUCCGGGUGCAAAGAAGCGCAGAACCGCCUAG